AUGCUCUCCUCUCUCCUCCUGCCCAAUAAACUACCGCGCGCCGUGUCGUCGCUGCUUGCAUCCUCCGCCGCCUCAAUCGCAACCAAGGCUACGGCCGCGUGCGGCUACGGCCGCCGCCUGCUGCUCCGCCCAUCUUCGAACAGCUACAGCUACAGCUACACUUCCAGAUACAGCUACAGCUCUCAGCUGGUGGGGGUGCGGCGGAGCAAUACCGCCGCCGACAGAGAGGAGGUCAGCCAGAACCGCCAGGGCAACAUGAAGCUGGGAGUGGAGGUGAUGAUGAGGGUGGAGACUGCCGGCGUGAUGGGCGCGUCGGGCCACCCGCCACCCCACAGUGAUUUGCCACACCCCAUAAGGCCCGCGGAGGACCGGAUGAGGUCGUACGCCAGGUUCCCUGGAGUGGGCACACUACCGCAAGAUCCCGCCUCCAAGCGCGCCCCCGGUCUAGUCCACAACGUGUGGGGUAUGGACGAGCAGCGCCCCGCCUUCCCGCCCCUGGCUGCGGACGCCACCUGCGAUGUGUUGGUGGUGGGGGCGGGCAUGGCGGGGCUGUGCAUCGCCUAUCAGCUGGCCAAGCAAGGCCACGACGUGGUGGUGUUGGAGGCGCGUGUGCGCGGCGCGGGCCAGUCGGGGCGCACCUCCGCGCACAUCAUGCAGUGGAAUGACGACUUCUACAGCGUCAUUGAGAGCAAGUACGGCAAGGCGGGCGCCCGCCAUGUCGCGGAGUCGCACCUGGCCGCCAUUGACUUCCACGAACGGGUCGUACAUGAGGAGGAUAUCCAGUGCGACUUCACCCGCCUGGACGGCUACCUGUUUUCCCACGACGAUAAAUCGUCCACGCUUCACAUGCUCCGAGACGAGUUGGCGGCUUGCCACCGGGCCGGUAUGUCGGAUGUACGACUGGUGGACUUGGCCGGUGACCCCCGACAUGGCAAGCUGGGCCAGGCGCUGAUCUUCCCCAGGUCGGCCGAGUUCCACCCCCUGAAGUACAUCAACGGCCUAGCUGACGUACUGGCGAAGAAGUACGGCGUCCGGCUGUACGAGAAUACACACAGUACGGCGCGGGCCAACUAUUGGAGUACUGAAGAUACCUACCACUACAUACGGCUACAGCCGGGUGAUGUGGACGGCAACCAGCCGUACGACGUACUGCUAGUCGGAGGUGAGGACCACCAGACCGGGCAGUACCCGGGGAAGUACUCGGACAGCUGGGAGGCCCUGGAGGACUUCACUCGGGCGAUGUGGCCGCAGGCGGGGGAGGUCGUGUACAGGUGGAGCGGCCAGGUGUACGAGCCCAUCGACUUGCUCGGCCUGUACGGCCUGGAUCCACUGAAUCCGAUCAACGCGGUCAGCCACAUCAAGCGUUACAUCGCCACUGGUGAUAGCGGUCAGGGUAUGACGGGCAGCGCCAUCGCCGCCCUCAUCCUGGCCGACCUCAUCUCGGGUCGCCAACACCCCUGGGCUGACUUAUACAGCCCCUCGCGCAUCACCCCAGCACUGAAUGUCUCCAGCCUGGAGGAGCUGGGCAGUGAGGCCGCUGCCACUGUACGAGGUCUGACGGACACGGUGCUGCCCCGCAGCGCUCUGGGCCUGAUGGGGCACACGCAGGCAGAGCACCUCAAGCCGGGUGAGGGUGCGGUGGUCCAGGAGGGGCUUACGAAGGUGGCCGCAUACCGCUCCCGGGAGGGCCGCCUAAUUAAGCACUCCGCCAUCUGCCCGCAUAUGGGCUGUCUGCUGGAGUGGAAUCCCAACGAUGCCACCUUUGACUGCGUGUGCCACGGCUCGCAGUUCGACAGUUGCGGCAACUGUAUCAACGGUCCCGCCAACAACAACCUCAAGGAGCUGUUUUGA